CACAGCCGAUUGUAUGACCUGACUCAACACAAUCGCCAUUCUAUGCGCAAAAUUACACACCAGAUAGGAUUUGGUGUUUUUCUCUGUGGCCAUAUUCCGAAGAAGUAUGCGCUAAUCGGAUGUGUUGUGGAAAAAUGUGUUGAGAUUAAAUGCACUCGUGGUGUUGCUCUUGAUAUGUGAAUGGCGACGGAGUGUUAUAUUGGAAUUAAUCGUGAUUUAUUUACACAAUGCAUUUUCGACGGAUAAUUAUCAGUAAUUUAUUAAUCGUUUUUUCAUUAUGGAAGUGCAGCGCGGGAAACGAAUUAUCUACAUGGAGUCGUCGGGAAUUAAUGGGGGAAUAUUUACCGGUGGAGGACAGGAGUUAUUUUGCCGAUAGGUCAAUAGUAACGGACGAUGCCGAAGGAUCCGGUCAGACGUCCUCAACAGAAUCCACUCCACCGUCGCGUCAUGCUCCCACCACCCGGCAUCCGGCGCAUCCCUCCACGCACGCCGCUCAUACGGCUCACACCACAACUCCCCAUCAUCCAGUCACCGCCACCUCGCCCUCCACCAUCCACCCAUCCCACCGGUCCGCUACUACGACCGACACCCCUCCGUCUCCCGUUGUGCGACACGGUGACGAACCUGAUGAUGCCCACCCGCCUAGCCAGGUCCGCCACGAUCUAGAGCGCGUGGACCUGUACGGGAACAUCACCCACAACGUCACCGCCCUCCCGGUAGGCUUUCUGCCCGACGCGACCCACCAGCAAGGACAGUUUACUCGCACCUUCUCAGGGCGGGUCACCGUGCCCAUGGGGAGCUUGACGACCGUCCAUGACGCGGUGUUCGAGACGACAACUUCCGUGGCAACGGCCGACGAGACGACUAUCGGUCCGGACAACGAAGAUUCCACCACAACACCGGCUAUGCGUUCGCGGCAUCAUACUAAACCCCCGGUGGACCGUUACCGUGUUGCUCCGACCAAUGCCAGUGAUGUGUUAAAUAUCAACAGUACCGGGCGCACCAGCCGGCAUUUAGACGCAACGGGACAACCGGACGGCGAAGCCACCGGCGAUUACGAUGAUGUCAUCGGGGAAAUAAAUGAGGUCGUGGAAACCACAACGCUGGAGACAACAACAACCUCCACUGUCCCGACCACGACCCCCACCCAACCGGCAGUGCCGGCUAAUUUUCAGGAAACCAGCGUCGAUAUGAUGAGCAUCGUUACGUCCAACGCCUCAUCGAAUUCUUCACAGCACACCGAGAACCUGAUUUUACCGACGAUACAGGCUUCAGAAAUGCCGGGGGAAACAACAGCUGACGUCAGUGCACCACAUUCCAUUGUACCGACAACGACGUCACACAUUCCGGAAAUUCCAGUUACUUCGACAGUUGUUAUACCUUCUAUCGCUUCGACCAGAGCCCGGACAACCGACUCCGGCAGUUUACCGGCUGAAAGUAGCACUACCGCUUUGCAGGGAACAAUCUCUCCUGAAGCGUCGGCUACUAAUGUGACAGACAUUCCGGCGGUUAUUUUAACAUGUUCGUUAGAGUGUGGGCCGUAUCAGAAGUGCUACAAUUUUACUGAUGGUUUGCGGUGUGAGUGUGAGGAAGGGUUUAUCCGCAACCCGGAGGAGGCGGGCGAUCGGCGGAUGCGCAGUUGUGUGUGCCCACUGUCCAAGGUGUUCCAGGAUGGACAUUGCCUGCAAGCGAAUAAAGUGUUGGAGGCUCGGAUUGUCUUGUAUGGCGCGUAUAAUGAGGACUUCCUCAAUGUUUCUUCACAGCUCGCGCGGCAAGUCAUCAAAGAACUGAAAGACGAGAUGGAACUACCAUUAAACCACGCGCUGAACGCCUCCGUCACCAUCGCCAUCCAAUCCUUCACACUGCCGCCCCGUAUCCGCAAACGCUCCGCCGACCCCACUAACGCCACACCCAUUUCCGCCCACUCCUUCAUCAAAAUCCGCGGCAGUCACAGCGUUAACAAUUCGGAAGUGGCGGCGGCGCUGCACACUCUCGCCGCUCGCAACCUGUCGCUAUCCAGUGGUUAUUCGUUCAACCGGCAGGAUGUGCCGCUGGCAGCGUACGAUUAUUGUGCCCGGCAGGAGCACAACUGUGACCUUCUAACCACAUGGUGCCGCUUCCAUCCGGUGUCGGCGCGCAUCGACUGUCCCUGCUUGAAAUUCCAUUCGCCGGUGGGACCGUUUACCUGCGUGUUUAAUAUGACGACGGCCAACGAAGCCGGCGCUUCCAUUCAAAAUGAAAACGAAAAGUUGCGCAUUACGGUGUACGUGUUCGUUGGAAUAGUCGGAUUCCUGGCGUGUGCUCUGUGCGCUGCGCUUUUGCUGCUCAAAAUGCGACCGACCAAAACCCGAAAAAUCGCGCCGCCUCCGCCGCGCAGCCGCUUCGCCCAGUCCGAGCUGAUCCACUACAAGAACCGGCUCCCGCGGCCGGUGAUGUCGCUGUUUAACACCAACGCCGAGCCCAUUCUGAACGACACCGACAACCCGGUGGUGCAGCUGGACCCGGAAACGGCACGUCUGCCCCCGCCCCCUCCUGCCCUCCUAGAGACCCCCCUAGACUCUCCGUCCAACCCGAACGUCAGCACCUUCAGCCGCGGCGGCCGCCCGCCAGCCUCCACGCCCACCUCGACGGUGUACAGCGUCUACUCCUCCACCGGGACCCCCUCCGACCUGGACACGUACCGGGCGUCCAUCGGGAUGGAGAUGCACGACUACGCCUCCCCACGCCCUUCCAGAAGAGCCCGGCCAGCCGGGUGGAGCUCGACCGCCGCCCGAUUAACGCGUUUGACGGGCCGACGUACCGCGCGGCGGAGGGGAUGAUCUUCUCCAUGGAGGACCGGCCGGCGGUGCACCAGGCCGUGCAGCAGCACCGCCACAGUGCGCUGAUGAAUCACAGCGGCUGAAGGCGCCAUGUGGAGUUAUGACUGUGAUGUACCGGUCAAUGCCGCUUAAUUGCUGUUUCGUUAAUUGUAUCUCCCUUGUCAGUGUCUUCGUGCACGUGGACAGUACUCGUGAUCGUAAAUACCCCUGCAGCUUUUUUUAUAUAACUGGAUACAAUUUAUUUAUCUCUGUAAGGCAGAAAAAUUCUCAAUUUCAACGUGUAUCACGCGCUCAUCGACUUAUUUCCAAUUCCGAAAAAAAUGCCAAAAGUAAAGCAACC